GCAGCGGCGGCGGCGGCGAUGACGCAGCAAGGCGCGGCCCUGCAGAGCUACAACAACGAGCUGGUCAAAUGUAUUGAGGACCUGUCAAUCAAGCGGGACGAGCUGAGCAAGCAGAUCCGCCAAGAGGAGGAGGAGAAGGCGAAACUCCAGAACGACAUCCGCGUCUUGACGGACAAGCUGUCGCGCGUCAAUGAGAGCCUGGCCCGCAAGAUGGCGUCGCGUAACGAGUUCGACCGGACCAUCACUGAGACCGAGGCGGCUUAUAUGAAGAUCCUGGAGAGUUCCCAGACCCUCCUCAACGUCCUGCGCAAGGAAGCCAGCAACCUGGCCAAGGCCACGGAGGCGAAAGGCGGCACCGGCUCCAAGGACACCUGAAGACGCUACGACUCCUGACCCUCAAACUCGGCACCGGGGGUUUUUAUUGUCAGGGUGGGGCGGGGUUUAUUUGAAUAUUUGAAUAAAGCGUUCUCUCCAGGCAGCCGCCUGGGUUUUUUUUCUCUGGCGGAAAGGGCCGGGCAGCGUUUCCCACCAGGCGCAGCUGGUUUUUCGGGAAGGAAACAGGAUUUUGACACGGUCUGGGAAUCGUCCAAGGGGACUCAAUCGUCCAGGUAAAUUUGGGGAAUCGAAAUCCUUUUUGUAUACCGUAGAGGAGUAAAAAAAAAUGGUUUGGGGAGAAUUGGUGAGAUCGGUCAGGAAUCGGGCGAUGCUCUCAAAAUGAUUUAGGGGUAAUUUUAGCAUAGUCUAGUAUGUAUGGAAAAUCUAUAUAUUUAUAUAUAUAUUUAUGUAUGUGUGUG